AUGGAUACAGAUUCGGAUCAAUGGAAUGAAUUGAUGAUGUUGAGGUUAAAGCUUCAGGGAGGGGAUACUUUGUCUUCCACUCAAGUACACGAACUUAUAAAAUCUCUUAGCGUCUGCGACUUUAUCCAUGAUAAUGUACGCCGACGUUCGCUGCUCCUAGUUCUCGAAACAGUUUGCCGUCAUGUAUGGCAAUUCUCAGAGUUUGCGAAAUCACGUGUUAGACGGGACUGCCAUGAUUUUGCUAGCGCUGUACUGCAGAAGAUCUGUCGAGGUGCGAGGGAUAUCCAUUUCGCAGAAAGCGAUCGAUGGUUUGGUGGCUUGAAAUCAUAUCCCAGCAGGAAUUCGGACAAAAUGAGAAUUGUCAGCAUUCUAACGAUUUGCUUCGCAAUAUGUCAAGAUAGUGAAGAAGAUGCUAUUGCGGAUUUGAAGAAGUCAUUUCUCGAGUCAUUGUUGUGCUUAUACUCGUCAUUUGAGCAGCUUGCACAUGAUCUGCUCAAUAGCGAUGAUCGAUUUCUUGCAACCAUAUCGGCACUUUUGUUACUGAGAAAGAAAAUUCCCGUGUCAUCAAUUCACUUUCCUUUCCGAGUAAUAAUGAGUGCCUUCCGACAGAUUCGCUUUGAUCCUCAGACUGUAAUGUCAUGGGUUAAUAGUGACGAAAUGGGAGUCGAAACCAUAACAGCGAUUGUGCAGACUCUACUUGAUGAUAGCAUUUUGUGGGAAGCUGUUGCUGAACCAAUUCCUGGCUACUCUCUGCCAGCAAAACGUAUCUGCCAUUGUAUCCAAACGUACGAUGAAAUCUGGCUUGUCGAACCCAGCCGUUCUUCCCAUGAUGACGUCAUCAUUGAAGUUCAUGUUCCCUAUGUAAGUGAGCGAGAUGGUACUCGUGGAGUGACAUUGGCUUUCUCACGAAACGCAGAGACUCGAACUCGUUUGCGAACACCCAUCCCUCCGAUUGGCGACAACGAUUUCGCUGAAUUGGAAGAGAUCGACGUCUUAUCGCGAUUUACCAGUAGUGUACGUGGUUGCGAUGAAGAAUACGAAGAAGGUGAAGACGAGGAAGAAGAGGAAGAGGAGCCAGAAUAA